AUGACUGAUGUCUUUAUCUCUCCAUCAGAAGAUCUUUAUCUUGUCAUGGACUGUAUCAGUACAGACCUUCAUUACCUUAUUCAAUUGAGAAAAAAGCCGUUGGAGGGUCAAUUCGUCCUGUUCUUCACCUAUCAAAUACUGCGAGGAUUGAAAUACAUUCAUUCAGCCGGAGUCAUCCAUCGCGAUCUCAAACCCAGCAACAUACUAAUCAAUGAAAAUUGCGACGUGAAAAUCUGCGAUUUCGGAUUAGCUCGAGGGAAAGAACAACAAAUGACCGGCUAUAUCACAACGAGAUACUAUCGAGCGCCAGAGAUCAUGUUGACCUGGCAGAAAUACUCCUAUUCAAUGGAUAUCUGGAGCGUUGGAUGCAUUCUGGCCGAGAUGCUUACGAGAAAAGUUCUCUUCCCUGGCAAGGAUCAUGUCAACCAAUUUGAACUGAUUACUGAACUCUUGGGAAAGCCACCCAAGGAGGUCAUGGAAAAGGUUUACAGCAAAGAGACAUUGGAAUUCGUUAAAUCUUUACCGGAACCAAAUAAUCAGCUUAGUUCUCGUCUUGCUUCUCGUCUUGGAGAUGUUGACCCUGAAGCUAUCAAUCUCCUGGAGGAGAUGCUCGAUCUCGAUCCACAAAAGAGAAUCACAGCCGCAGACGCCCUAUCACAUGAUUAUGUGUCGAUAUACCACGAUGCUGAUGACGAACCUGUAUUUGAGAAGCAGCUUGAUUGGUCACUACUUGAGUCAGAGCUGUCAGCAGAUGAGUGGAAGACCAACAUGUACUUGGAAAUCUUAGAUUAUCAUCGUGGCGCCUGUGAUUCAACAGAUAAAGAUUCCUUCGCCAAAUUGAACAUGAGUAGCUGGAUUCAGAAUGAAAUGAUGGUGGAGACGUACUAG